UUGAAGAAGUCCCACAGAAUGAAACUGGCACUUUUGUUUCCUUUAGAGGAAUUAGUCUUUGUACGAGACCGUGCUUCAUCUUAGAAGGGGUGAGAGGCAGCAUAUCUAGCAUAUCGCUGCUAUUUAAAACAUUCUGCACUGACAAGAUGAGGCUACCCAUCUUAUUUUGCAUCAUUUUGUUGAUGACUGAUGUCGGCAACUGUCAGAAUCUUUGUUAUAACCCUCCAUAUUGCAACAUGAUUCCUGUACCAGGGCUACCAGGAUUGCCAGGGCUAGAUGGAAUUCCUGGAAUUUCUGGAAUCAAGGGAGAACCUGGACUUCAAGGACCACCUGGACUUCAAGGACCACCUGGUCCAAGGGGAUUGCAAGGGCCACCAGGAUUUCCUGGAGUAUGUCGCGAAGAGGGAAAACCUGGUCCAGUAGGGCCACCUGGAUCAAGAGGUCCAGUAGGACAAAUGGGACCUCGAGGGACACCCGGAGCAGCUGGACCAAUAGGGCUACCUGGUCGGCCUGGAAUACCAGGCGCACCUGGAGCGUCUGAAAUAGGGCCGAAAGGACCACAAGGGCCACCCGGAGUAACAGGCCCAGCUGGACCACAAGGACCACCUGGAGAGCCAGCUGUUAGCUGCAGUUGUCCUGACAUCAAGGCCAUACAGGACCGCCUGACCAAGUUAGACAUGGCUAUAAAUUACAGCUUCGUCCGAAAGGUCGGUCAGAAAUACUUUGUGUCCAACAUGGAAAGAAACCGAUUCGAGAUGGCAGUGGAGAUCUGCUCCCAGCGAGGCUUAGAGUUGGCGCUACCUCAGAACGAAGAGGAAAACAACGCACUGAUUGAGGUGUUUAAGGAUCCAUACACAGAAGCCUGGAUCGCUGUCAACAAGAAAAAUGCAGAGGGAAAUUUUGCCCUUGAUAUGAAUAACCAAACUCUGACCUUUACCAAAUGGGAAACAGGGCAGCCAGACACAUCCAUCCAAGAUGCUGGUUGCACCAUGGUAUCAAAGAAGGGCUUCUGGAAAGUGAAUAAGGAAUGCUUCCUGAAUGCUUUCAUUGUUUGUCAGAUCUAAAUGGUUCUGAGUGUUUCAUGUUAUAAUUUCUCAGCAAUUUAACAAUCUACUACGUCAUGGAUAUUUUCUUUUAUUUUGUGUAUUUCAGUUAACUCAUAAUGUGGUUGAAACAGGAAACAUCAAGCAAUUUUUUUGUUGCGUCCAAUACUGUCUACUGAUAAAGCUAAUAAAGCUAAUGUCAUCAAAUAAAGAGUGCACAAUCAGUUUGA